CUGGAUCUCGGAGGGAAGCGGGCGGGCACUAGAGAGCGGCUGGAUCGUGAGGCGCAGAGAACCGGGAGUGGGCGGGACUGGCUCGGGAGGGCGAUUAAAUUUUACAAAUAUUGGUAUUUAACAACAAAAAAAAACUCCCCGUUAACGAUAUUCAGGGCAAGCCUUAUUCGGCGAGUUUAAAUCUGUCGGGGUGGGGACGGGGAAUAAAAUUGACGCCGGCUCGGGAGUGAGGAGAUUGUUCGAGAAACGGCGGCGGUUUAGAGGGCGAUGAGCGGCCGGUUCGGUGCCGGCCCCGGAGGCUGAAAAUCGCCGUGAUUCCUGGGGGCGGGGAAGCAGCGAGGUCGGCAUCAUCGGUCUCCUCAGGCCCGGGGUUAAUCUGUGCCCGUUCAAGGUGGGAGACGGAGCCCACCCUUCACCUCUGUCAGUUAAUUUAUUUGGAUUUCGUACCUGUUUGUUUUUUUUCCGCGUUGUUUUAAUUUAUCUUCCCCGGGAGCCGGUGGGUUUGUUUUGUUUUAUUUUGCCGCUCUAUCCUAGAGAAACACACACCUUUUUCGGGGUUUCCGCCCGCUCACUGCCUCCCGGAGGCGAUGAUGUUCGGGAAUAGCCGGCGCGGGGGCCGCCUGCCAUCGCUGCUGCUGCUCGGGCUGCUCGUGCUCAUGGCCGUCCUGGGCUUCAACUACUGGCUGCUGUCCACUCGCCACGGCAGGCUGCAGCUCGAGGUGCUCGAGCUACAGGUGCAGUGUCUUGCUAUCUUGGGUUUUGAAGUAAUGAAGAAGCUUGAUGGCAGAGCAAUGGAUGCGAUGGAUAUGGACUUCACUUGUCACAGUUCUUUUUUUCCAUUUUCCAUAAAGGUUAAAUUUCAAAAUAACAUAACAGACCAGUUGUCUAUUAUCCACCGGUUACAAGAGCAGCUUACUGAGUUACGACAAGAGUUUCUAAGACAGGAUGAUCAGCUACAGGAAUACCGAAAUAACUCUACAACCUUGCAGAAGAAAUUAGAAUAUGAAAGCCUGCAAUGUGGUCAACAGAUUAGGGCACUGAAAGAACAGUGUGAAGAGAAGUUGAAGACUUUAGGAAAAGUGCAUAACCAGCCAGCAAAGCACGAAGAUUCCAUUAAACAAAACCAGUCCAGAGAGGAGGAUGAGCAAGUGAAUAAUCACCGGAAAUCUGACUGGGAUUACAACAAAGCCAAAAUAAAUCUUGAGAAGCAGACAGUUGACAGCAAUAAAUUUAAUAUCAAUCUUAAUGGAGAGAACCAACUGCAGCCUCACCGAGAUGAUGAUGGCAAGAGAUUACUAAGUCCAGGUAAAACAGAUGAUGAUGCUGGUAUGCCUGGGAUAGAAGAAAAUGAACAUGCCAAACCGAUGGAUCUUUUGAUUGAUCACAAGAGAAACAAAUUGCUGCUUGAAGAAAUUGAGAAACCUGGGUCUAGGGGUGGUGGGAUUCUUGGAGACAAGUUGAAUGUGGAGGCUGGAAUUAAACCUGUCCGACAUUUUGAGAGGGGCCCAGCAAUGCACGCCCCCCCUCCAAUCCAGGGUCGUUCAUUUGAUAAUGAACAAAAUAUUGCAAAACCUGCGAGAUCACUUGUAGUAAAUAUGCCAAGUCCUGUAGACCAAGAGGAGCCAAAUAAUGCAGAAGAUCUUCGUGUUAGAGCAGAUGAAAUUGGAGAAUCUCAGAAUCAUCAGCCAGUUCUGGAUAGACAACAUCAAGGGAAACCGAUACAUCAUUUAGCCAAGGAACCUGCUAUGCAGCCGCCACCUAAUCAAGCUCUACACUUCCCUGCUGGCCAAGCCUUUUCAAAUCCUUUUGAUCACCGUGGUGGGAAAGGGCAUGAAACAGCCAAUGACCCAGGAGGUCAUCCUAAAGGUCCACAAGGCCAGUUCUUUGAUGAAAAUGAAUCCCCAGCUGAUCCGCAGCAUGACUCUAAAGUGGCGGAUUAUAAUGGGGAUGAUGGUAAUGUGGGUGAGUACGAGGCAGACAAGCAGGCCGAAUUGGCUUACAAUGAGGAAGAGGAUGGUGAUGGUGGGGAAGAAGACGUCCAAGAUGAGGAGGAACAAGAUCUUCCAGGGGAUGUGAACAAUCCUGUUGCUUAUGAAAAUCGCCACUUUGCAGCUGAUGGUUUGUAACUGUUUGCCUGAGAUUGAACCCAAGUUGAUGGCUGUGGAAGGAAUAUCGUGUGACUUUGAUGCAAUAAUGCAAAAUUGUUUUACAGUAUGCCAUGGCCUUUUUUUAAACAAGUGCAUUACUUGAUAAAUUAGAGUACUUCUGGUGUUGAUGUCUGGUGAAAUUGAAGGUGAUGCUGACUUAAUAUUUCUUAAAAUUACAGGCAAAUUGUUUAGAUUGAUUUAUAAUUACAAACAUUUGCGGGGGGGGGGGUGGAGGAGGGAAUUUCAUUUACCUCUGUAUAUUAUUUUGUAUAUUUUGUACUUUUGAAAAUUUUAUGAACAAAGUUUAGUUUUUGUUUUGAAGUUUAGAGUUCAUAAAACCAUUGCAUAAAUAUAAUAUCAGUGAAAUGACUAUCUGGGCUCGCAGUAAUCUGCUAUAUUUCAGGUUAAUCAAAGUAGCAUUUGUGAACUGGUCUGUUUAAAGUUAACUAUAUUUAAAACAAACUUAACAAAUGAAUAGCUGAAAUAUUUUGCUUUGCACAGCCUCUACAAGAUUUGAUUUUGCUUAGUGAAGUUUUUGCAUUGUGCUGUUAAGACAGUAAAUGUUGUCUCUCUUUUUGAAGUGAUGCAAAUCUAUUUUGGUGAUUUUAAAUGCGUUCUAACUUUAACAGGAAAAGAAUAUAUAGAUACAUGCAGUCAUUGACAAAUCCAAUGCAGCAGAUGAAAUUCAACUGAAGUCUUCAGUAGAAAUAUAUUUUGGAGAUAAAUUUUCACAUGUUACUUCUGUAGCUUCCAUCAAAACAUGUUUAUUGCUAUGUAAUUUUAAAAAAAACAGCAAUGAAAUUUGGAAAGUGCUACCUACAACAGACAUGGAUAAUUCACUUUUGUGGAGAUGUUGCUGGAUCUGAGGAGGAUUACAGGGGAAGUCAAUGAUGUUUCAGAAAAAAGCUCCAUUUUGAAAACUCUGAUGCAGCAUGACCCUAUGUGGGUGGUGGUUAUUGGUACGGUGAGUAGAUUACUGUAUUAACUGCUUUCCUGAUGAAUCAAACAUUAGAUACCACCUGAUCAUCUCUGAUCAGCAAAGAUUGGCUGUCAUGUCUUACAUUAGCUGGCAUCAAAUAAAGUAUAACCCUAUCACAUGGAUGUUUGGGUAUGGUUUUCAUUCCUUGAGACCCAGUUUGCCAGUUAUUUGUUUUAGAUUUUUCCCGUGUUCCACAGGGUUGCCACAAUGCUGGCUGAUGGCUGUUACAGCAACGUUGUUUUUGGGUUUGGCUAUGGUUUUGCAACUGGAUGCCCGUCCUGCCACUAACUCCUGACUUGUAUGGCUGGGGGCUGACACCAAUGCAUGUGGAGCUGCCUACAUCAGUGGCUGGCUGGCUUUUGUUUUGAAGAGUUUUACAUUUCCUGCCACCAGUUUUUUUUUUUUUGUUUAGUUUCAUUUUUUUGUUUGGGUGAGGAGCUAAAUUUCUUGGAUGGCUAAGGUGCAAUAUACAAGGCCUGGGAUGGCUCAUACUAAACCAAUUGUGGCUCUUAGUCUCUCAUUUGAUCGUUUUUAAAUGCAGAUUUGCACCCAGUCUCAAUUUGCAGGCUGCCGGCAGAACUUAGGGUGAUGGGAAGCCUAGAAAGUGACAGUGAUCACGGCCUCAUGGGAAGGUGUGCGGGGAUGUCAUCCUCUUUGAAUGACCUCCUUCUAAUGUUGAAAAUCCGCUGUUGAAAGUGACCUGUUUGGGCUUUGGGUGGGUGGGGUUCUGUCAAUGCUAUUUUUUUUCAACAUUGGGUGCACUCUUGCGAAAAUAAAAGACUGUGGUCCCUGUGGGUGCUCCCUUUCCCAACGUGUGGCUUGCCCCUUCCACCGAUCCAAGUAGGGCCCUAGACAGUAGGGAUUAUGUGUAGUCCCAGCCCUGAUCACGCUGCAACUUUGGAGGAGCAGCUAGGAUGAGCGGUAAUGUUUUCGCUGCCAACUUUUUCCCUAACAGAAAGGGAAAUCCUACUGUCCUAACAGUCCUGACCUUGGAGUGAGUAUUGAACACAGGGCCUUCCAGCUCAGGCAGGAGUCCUAGCCAGUGAGCAUCUUCACGUCCCUCCUCCUAUCUUCCAUUAAUCUCAUGAAAUUUGUUUAUUUUCCCCUUUAUUCUUAUGAGGAUAUUAAAAUAGUGUAUAAUACUCCUAUUGUCAUUUUAAACAAUGUCUUGUGGAGCUGAAGAUAAUUAAUGCUUUCAAGACUGUAGAAAUCAGCAAAAGUGAAAUGUUGCACUAUUACAUUUAAAGUGACUAUUGUAGAUCCUCUGUAUUGUACAAAAACCCCCCUCUAACUUAACUGUUGAAGCAUGAGGCAAAAAAUACUGUGAAUUAGCAGACUUGGGAAAUAUAGACAGACUAGAAAUGUAUUGCAAUAUACUAUCUCUGGUAAUUUGAAAUCUUGUUCAAUUAGAAUAUUCUUUAUUAGGUGUAAUAAUUUUGGUUGCACAGUUUAUACUUAAGAAAAAGUUAUGAUCAGAGCAAAAAAAUUGGGAUUUCAAUGGAUAGAAAACUAAUAUUUUGUUUAUGUAUAAACUCAAGUUUAAACCACAUUCUACCUUAGACUCUCUGAAAUAACGUGACACUGCAGAGCUUCUGGUGUUUCUUUUAAUUUCACGCGGGCUAAGGUGGCUAUCAAUAGGAUUGAUAAAUCUUCCAUAAUUGUGGGAUCACACCAAUGCUAUUGAGUGGGCACGACAAAAUGUAAUAUGAAUGUUAAAUCACUUUAAAAAUUAAUCAAUCAUAAGUGAACAGUACAGCUCAUAAUGAACCUUCUGGCCAGUCAAUUGUUUUAUUUUAUGGUUCCAGUCAUUAUCUGAAGCACUCUACUAAAAUUACAUCAUUUCUAAUUUGUUCUGGGUAUCUUAUGCUGUAAUUGGCAAACUUAGUAACACAAACGAAAGUCAGAGUAGGUCUGCCUGUGUGCAGCUUUUUUGGGGAGGGCUGAGGUUGUUCUUUUUCCAAGUUAAAUAAUUACUUUGGAUUUCGUGCUUCUGGAAAUGUUACAUUGUUGUGAAAUUGUAAGAAGAUGCUGCAUGGUAAAAUGGUUUAUGUUUCUCUGAUUUGUUUACAAUACUUUGAAUAAAUGACCUAUUUGAGUUGA